GGAAGAAACGGAAACCCCACCUCCUGGCAGCCCAGCAUUGGCCGCCGCCUCUCGCUUCUUCUUUAUUGGUCGCCGGGUUCCACCAGCUCCUUCUAAUUGGCUCGCCCGCUUUUGGAUACCAGAUUCAAAUGUUUUCAGAAGGGGACGGGGAAAAAAGGAGUCCGCCUAAAGCAGGCAGAGGCUUGAGCGCCCGCCGAGAUAAGAGAGAGGGACCCACGUUAGACCCACGUAAGGAGAACGGGGGAGCUAAAAAAAAGAGAAAGAAGUAGCGCCCGGCAGCCACGCUUUACAGGGUACAAAUCAGAAAAUAUUUAAGAAUCAACCCUAGCCUCUGAAAAUGAAACGUGAUAUUAAUUGUUACCAUGUUCAUUGUGGACUUUCACCAUUAAAACCUGCUGAAACAGAGACAAGACCAGAAGCGUUCUCUACUGCUAAUUACGAUGAAGAGUUUUGUAAAGACUGUAUUAAAGAGAGAUUGUUGUAUAGCACCCUGCACCAUGAAAGCUACAAAAAUGGCAGCAUCAAAAGUGAAGAGAAGCCUAUACAUAACAAAGAAAACCAACAGGUGCCAUGGAGGGAUCCUGAGAGAGCCAAUGAAAUUGAUAACACAAAUGAGGAUAGUGGAUACUCUUCUUUAUUGGGCAAUCAGCAGGAACCAAGUGAACAUGAGGACACUAUACUAUUGGCAGGAAAUAUUAGUAAUACACCAAAUCACACUUUCAGCCAGAAAAAAAAUUUGCUUCCAGUCCUCCAUUUUGAAGAACUUAUCUGUUCAACUUUGAAAAAAACUAGUAGAAGAAAUCUAAAGUCAUGGGCUCUAGUCUUAGAUAAGAUGGCUUCCAAGCAAAGUAUGGAAUUUAUGAAUCUAAUUGGCAAAAAAAUGGGACUAGAUAAGUUGGACAUUCUUGGUGAACUGUUCCAUGGGAAAUUCAGGCAUCUUUUAGCAGCUAUCUUAAAGCAUCUUGAUUACAUGGACUUGAUAAACAUGGCUAAAGUGAGCACAACAUGGAAAAAAAUUAUACAGGACGACAAGUGGGCUUUCCAGAUGUACAACAAAGCAGUAAAACUUACUCUGAACAACAAAGCAUUGUGUUCCAGAGAAGUUGAUACAAGGGAAUAUGUUCUUCACAGAGAAGUGUUAAGUCAUAUCCAGAAGGUAGCAACUGUAUCAGCCAGCUUUUCAAAAAAAUCAUCCACAGUGAAGGCAAACAGCCAGAGUAGCCGGAGUUCUUCCUCUUUCAGUCGACACAUAAUGUUUUCUGAGGUUGCAAAGACUUUGAAAAACACUGAAAGCCUGAAAGCUUGCCAUCGCUGUGGUUCCCCUGCAAAGUACGAUCCCAAUCUCCAAAGAGCAACAUGCAUCCGUGAAGGCUGCAGUUUUGACUUUUGCACUAAGUGCUUAUGCACCUACCAUACUGCCAAAGACUGUGCAAGUGGAAAGUCUGUGAAACCACCCUCUACAUCAGGACCCCUUCCUGGUACCAAAAAAAGCAAACAUAAUUUACGGAGGCUGUAAUUUCUAUGUCAAAAAGUUGUGCUAGUAUAUGGCCUGAUUUAUGAGCCAAAAAGAAAUAUGAAACUAUAGGUUCAUUAUAACAGAUUUUUU